AAAAAAGGACGCGCCCAGCCGACGUUUCGAAAUUCGCUCGAAUUUUACUAUAAGGUGUCCUUUGAGUCGGCAAUGCCCGGUAAAGAUCUCUAUUACAAUGCGUAACCUGUUCUUGCUCAGGCAGAUAUAGGCUUCCGAUCUGUUUGUGUCUACAUUUUCGUAGUACAUUUUCUUUUUAAAAUCCUAUUUUAGCAUGAAUUCUUUUUUUAAUACAGUAGACUUGGCAGAUGAAUAGUAUAGGUUAUAGGUACCUAUACAUAGUUUACGAGUGGUUUAAUAAACAAAAUGACGAACUAUGUCAAAUAACUCACCAAUUUUCAAAAUAUUGACAGUGGUAAAAAUUUUCAGUUUAUUUUUGAAGAUUAUCAUUAAGUAAAAUGGCAUUAAACAAACUUGCUAUUGAUAAAUUAAAUUUACAAAAUCAAAGGUUAUUAAUGAGAGUAGAUUUCAAUGUGCCUCUGAAGGACGGAAAAAUUACAAAUAAUCAAAGAAUUGUAGCCGCCAUGGAUACUGUUAAAUAUGCUAUAGAGAAGGGAGCUAAAAGUGUAGUUCUUAUGUCCCAUUUGGGUCGACCCGAUGGAUCACCAAAUCCAAAAUAUUCUAUGAAACCUGUUCAAGCUGAAUUGGAAAAGUUGCUAAAGAAGACAGUUAUAUUUCUACCAGAUUGUGUAGGACCAGAAGUAGAAAAGGCCUGCGCAAAUCCUGCACCAGGUUCUAUUAUUUUAUUGGAAAAUCUUCGCUUCCACUUGGAAGAGGAAGGUAAAGGUAAAGAUGCUACUGGUAACAAAGCUAAAGCAACCCCAGAGGAAGUUCAAGAGUUUAGACAGAGCCUGCGGAGACUAGGAGAUUUAUAUAUUAACGAUGCAUUCGGAACUGCCCACCGAGCUCAUUCUUCCAUGAUGGGCGAAGGGUUCUCACAGCGAGCCGCAGGGUUUUUAUUAAAAAAAGAACUUCAAUACUUUGCUAAGGCAUUAGACAAUCCUGAGAAACCUUUUUUGGCUAUUUUGGGAGGUGCUAAAGUAGCUGAUAAAAUUCAACUGAUUGAAAAUCUGUUAGACAAAGUAAACGAAAUGAUCAUUGGUGGCGGUAUGGCUUAUACAUUUCUCAAAGAAAGUUCUGGAAUGGAAAUUGGUGCAUCAUUAUUCGACAAGGAGGGAGCCAAAAUUGUCAACAAAUUGUUAGAUAAAGCUCAAGCAAAAGGUGUACAAAUUCAUUUACCUGUUGACUUUAUAAUAGCCGAUGGGUUUAGCGAAAACGCUAAUUCAAGUUGUUCAACAAUUAAGCAAGGGAUUCCAGAAGGGUGGUUGGGACUAGAUAUAGGUGCACAAUCAAUAUGUCAAUUUAGAGCACCUAUUAAACGUGCAAAGGUUAUUGUCUGGAACGGACCAGCAGGAGUUUUUGAAUGGGACAAAUUUGCUGCAGGCACUAAAGCAAUUAUGGACGAAGUUGUUCAAGCCACCCAAAGAGGAGCGAUUACAAUUAUUGGUGGAGGUGAUACUGCAACUUGCGCAGCGAAGUGGAACACAGAGAAUUUAGUUUCGCAUGUAUCGACAGGAGGUGGUGCCAGUCUAGAACUUUUGGAGGGAAAAGUACUCCCAGGAGUUGCGGCAUUAUCUGACAAUAAAUAAAUGUUAAUGUUAUUGAACAAAAAAAAU